CUCGGCUCCAGUCGGGUGACGCAGCCAAGAGAGCAGGUGCACGGGCUGAGAGCAGUAUCCAAACCGCACUAAAUAAACCAACCGUUACGAAGAAAGUCAUACAGGUGUGAAAUGACUAGAGGAUGGCCUCAGCCAAUGAUGCUCGAUAUGGACAAAAAGAGUCUUCAGAUCAGAACUUCGACUACAUGUUCAAGAUCCUGAUUAUUGGUAACAGCAGUGUGGGCAAAACCAGCUUCCUCUUCCGCUAUGCUGAUGACUCCUUCACACCUGCUUUUGUCAGUACUGUGGGCAUAGACUUUAAAGUAAAGACCAUCUAUAGAAAUGACAAGAGGAUAAAGCUCCAAAUAUGGGACACAGCUGGACAAGAGCGGUACAGGACCAUCACAACAGCGUACUACCGUGGAGCUAUGGGCUUUAUUCUUAUGUAUGACAUCACCAACGAGGAUUCCUUUAAUGCCGUUCAGGACUGGUCCACACAGAUUAAGACAUAUUCAUGGGACAAUGCUCAAGUGCUUCUGGCAGGAAAUAAAUGUGACAUGGAAGAUGACAGAGUAGUCUCUUCAGAUAGAGGAAGACAGCUGUCCGAACAGCUAGGCUUUGAGUUUUUUGAAACCAGUGCCAAAGACAACAUCAAUGUGAAGCAGACGUUUGAGCGACUGGUGGACAUCAUCUGUGAGAGGAUGUCAGAAAGUCUGGAGUCUGGCGAUUCCAACGUCGCCGAAAACAAACUAGGACCUCAGCUCAACGAACAACCGCAGCGGUCCAGUAGGGACUGCGCUUGCUAAGGAUCGUUCUCAACUUCUCCACCAAUCACUUCCCUGCAGACUGAACAUUGGAUCUAUCCUCUAUACUAAAGGAAGGCUUGGGUAGUAGGAGUCAGAUCUGAUGUGAUCUUAUUUUCUGCGUCACCUUUGUAAGGUUGACAUCCAAACAUUUCUUAAACAUGUUGGCAUAUGUAAGCAAUGUUACUCAAGUUAAUUGGACAAAAGUAUGGGGGAAAUGAAUUUCGAACAAAAAUACUCCGUUAAUCACGUUAUUGUGGCACAGUAUCAAAAAGUCUCUUUCUUGAAUGAGCUUUCAUGAAUAUUUGUAUCUAUGUUUUGAGUUUUGUCGAGGUAAAGUUGUAUACAUACAGUAUAUGUAUACAGUUGACACCAGACUGUUGUAUAGAAACUAUUAGCAUAAAGGGUCAAUCCUACAGAAUGAAACGUUGGUAGAAUUUUAAAAUUGAGCGCACGCUAAUACAUUUGUUCAGUUUUACUUUUAAAUAACUCCAUGUUAAUAUAUGACAUAAGGAAAGUAAAGAUGAUAUUGUGGUAUAGAUGUAAUAAGGAAGAGUUUAUAAAUGUGUGGUUUUUGUAAUAUGAAAGAAUUAAUUACUUUAAAAAGAUAUGGGGGAUUUCAGGACUACAUUAAUGCAUGUUCUGCUUUUCCUCUGGUUCUUCAAUCUUUUCUGUUACUGUGCUUGUGCGCAUGUUGGUAUGUCAACAUAUACGAUUUUUGGUUUACAAGCAUAGCUAAGAAUUGCUGUCAUUCUGCAAGCCAAAAAUAUAAUCAAAGCUUUAAUAAAGAGAAACUUCAUCAGGGUCAUUAGCUGUAAAUAGUUAAAUUAGUUUCUGGAAAUGUAAUUUUAAUGAGCAAAUAAAGUAAUAAUGCAUUGUGAUUAUUAUUAUGAUUGAUCCCAGGUUUUAGAAUAUUAAAAAGAUAUUUUAUAGAUAACUGGUUUAUGCAGGUAUAGAUAGGCAGGUUAUGCACCAUUGGUUGAUCACUUUCUGUUAAAUCACUUCCAAUAUGUUAUUGCAUGUUAUGUUAAAGUGAUAGUUCACCAAAAAAACGAAAAUUCUGUCAUCAUUUAUUCACCCUCUUGUCAUUUCAAACCUGUAUGACUUUCUUUCUUCUGCAGAACACAGAAGAAGAUAUCGUGAAGAAAGCUGGUAACCAAACAUCAGUGGAACCCAUUCACUUGCACUGGUUUUGUGUCAAUACAAUAGAGGUGAAUGGGUGUCACUGCUGUUAGGUUACCAACUUUCUUCACAAUAUCUUUUGUGUUUUGCGGAAGAAAGUCAUACAGCUUUGAAAUCACAAGAGGCUAAGUAAAUGAUGACAGAUUUUUCAUUUUUGGGUGAAAUUCUGCCGUUUUAUUUAUUUUAUUAAUAAUUUAUUUAUUUACAUGCAUUUUUUUAUUAGUAGAAAUUGAGGACAGAAUGAGCUACUGCACUCUCUCUGAACAAGCCUAGACCCCGGAUGUGUCACUUUCAAAACCCGAUAAAUGUCUCUGUAGAAAUAGCGAGUGCUGGUUUCCCCCUAUGCAAUUCAGAAGCUAUGCUAUACCAAAUAGUCUCUGAAUAUGCAGGGACAUUUUCUGUGUGUUUGUGAUGUUUUUUUAAUAAAUUAUACGUUCUUAAAAUUAUGAAUUUAUAACUUGUUUAUGAUCUAUUCUGGUCACAUUACAGCAGAGUCACAGACGUAUACAUUUUGAGACAUUUACAUAAAGGUCGCUGUUAGAAGCAGAAGCCAAUACAUUGGGUUUGAAAAUCUGUUUGGUUUUGAUACUCUUUUUGUUGUAGUUUGUUUCAUAAUGAGUUUCUUGUAUGUUUGUUAUGUUGCUGUUUUUUUUAUUAAAUUAUAGAUUUCCUUACCAUUUGACACUGUUUUAUUUCCAUAAAAAGAACAAGAAAAACUGUUUUAGGUAAUUUACCUCAUGUCAUGUUGUUUUCUCACUGGGUGCAAAGAAUAAGGUUAGGCUAAACCACUGUAUUGGAAACUGAUAUAAACGGCACACAAAAUAAGUUUUGUUCAGAAUGAAAUGGCCACAUGCAUUCCAUCUAUUGAGUUAAAUAAAA